AUGAAUGAUUGGUCUCUUGACUUUGCAUCAAUGUUGGCGUACAAUUUAUUAAUUGCACUUUUACCUAUUGCUGUUACAUUCUUCGGUAUCUUUGGUCUCGUAAUGGGUAAUGAUGCAGAAUUACAGAAUAAAUUAAAAAAUGAAAUAAUUAAUGCAUUUCCAGCAGAUAAUACUACACAAUCGGGUAUAACACAAAUUGUUGAUUUAGCAUUUAAACAAUUGUCGAAAGACGCUGGUUUUGCACUGGCUAUUGGUAUUCUAUUCUCGAUGUUUGGCGCAUCCCGUUUAUUUAUUGCAAUUGAUAAAUCAAUGACGAUCAUCUAUCGUUUAAAAGAACGUCCAUUAUUAAAACAGUAUCUGUUAGCAAUGGGUAUGAUAUUCUUGCUUACUAUUACCAUAACAUUAAUGAUAGUUGCAUCUGCAGUACCAACGGGUUUAUUAUCAAUUUUACCUGGAGCUAACAGCCGUGCUGGCACAUACAUAGCAGGACUCGUAGUGUCUCUCUGUAUUGCAUUUCUAUUAUUUGAAUUAAUUUACUUCAUCGUUCCAAAUAAACGAAUGACAUUGAAAACCACCUGGUGUGGCUCAUUGAUAGCUGCAAUUGUACUUGAAAUAUUUAUUCUUCUGUUUCCAUUGUACGUUAAACAUUUUAUGGGAAACUUUUCCGGCGUGAUUGGAUUUGCUGUUAUCUUGCUACUAUUCUUUUAUUACUUUGCAACAAUUCUCAUUUUGGGUGCACAAAUAAAUGCAUUCUUUUUCGAACAUAUUCAACCAUUGAAAACAGAAAUAGGAUCAUUUCUGAACACAAACGUUUGCGACGAACCAUUACUCCAUACAAAUGAAUGUGAUACAUUUCAGUUUUGGAAACGUUGUUGUCGACGGAAAAGAAGAGUUCAUGAAGAUCAUGAUACAUAG